AUGCCACGUCUCAUCAUCCCGUGGGCCACUUGUGAUCGCAAUAUUCGUGACAUGCUUGCUCUUCCAAAUUUACACUGUCUUCGCAUGUAUUCCACGCGGGUGACGGACGCUGGAUGGAUUGAUGCUCGUCAACGGUUAAAUCCAACUAAUCACAGUCAAUUAACCUUGCGGGAACUGAAUGCCUCAGGCCGCCGCUCCUCUCUGACGACCUCAGACAAGAACGCAAUUGUGCUCAUACGCCUGUACUUGAGAACAGCCCAUUUGAUGGAGGGCGUCGAGCCAAAAUUUCCGCCCUUCGGAACAUCUCCGCUUCUUGGACGUUAG